UGGAAUUGACUUCCGGUCAUGUGUGCGUAAAUCUUACGUGACGAAGCUGCAGAGAAGAGUUGACAGAACUUGUUGAACCUUUUGGAAAAGUUAAUGCGUCACAAAGAUGUUGGCAUCGAGUUUCAGAGACUGUAAGGCCUGGAGUGCAGAAGGUCUCCCCCUGUCCACCAGCAGCAAUGAGGCUUGCAAACUCUAUGACGCCAUACUCACUCAGUAUGUCAAGUGGCAGAAUGAUGAAAACGUGGGAGGAUUUGAAGGAAGCAUUUCUGCUAUUCAGGCAGCUGACCCCAACUUUGUCAUGGGUCAUGUGAUCAGUACGGGGCUGGAGCUGGUGUCGACGGCGAGCUCCGCUCGUCUGAACCAGCGGUUGGCCGGCGCUGUGAGGCGAACCGUGGAGCUGGCCGACAGCCAGGCCCUCUCCCCCAGAGAGCGGCUCCAUGUCACGGCCGUGGAGCACUUCUCCCACGGACGAUUCUCAAAGGCCUGCGACGUAUGGGAAGACAUUCUGGUGGAUCACCCCACCGAUAUGCUGGCUCUCAAGUUCUCUCAUGACGGCUACUUCUACACGGGGGCCAAAGCCCAGCUGAGGGAUUCCGUGGCCCGGGUGCUGCCCUACUGGAAACCACACAUGCCUUUCUUCAGCUACCUGAAGGGAAUGUAUUCCUUUGGUCUCAUGGAGACACACUUCUACGACCAGGCUCUGAAAGUAGCCAUGGAGGGCCUCGCCAUGACUCCGGAGGACGCUUGGUCCGUUCACUCUGUGGCCCAUGUUUAUGAGAUGAAAGCCGAGGUGGACAAAGGCUUGAAAUUCAUGGAAAGUAGAGAGAAGGACUGGCAGGCGUCUGACGUGCUGGCCAGUCAUAACUAUUGGCAUUGGGCUCUAUACUUCAUCGAGAAGGGGCAAUACGAAGCCGCUCUGCAGAUAUACGAUUCUCAGGUAAUCAGACGCUGCAAAGCAACAGGAUCUAUGUUGGACACCGUGGACGCCAGUUCAAUGCUCUGCAGACUGGAAAUGGAGGGUGUGUGCGUGAAGGACCGUUGGCAGGAGGUGCUCCAGGUGACGCGCCCGCACACCGACGACCACGUGACCCUGUUUAACGACGUCCACUUCCUCAUGGCGUCGCUGGGAGCCAAAGACGGCGGCACCUCUCGGCGGCUGCUGGAGGGCCUCCAGGAAUUGGCCAAAGAGCCGGGGGACAAUCAACAGCAUCACUUGGCAGCGUCUCUGGGUGUAUCAAUGGUCGAGGCCAUGACGGAGUACGACCAGGGCAACUACAACCGCACCGUGGAAUUACUGUACCCUCUACGCUAUCGCCUGGUAGAAAUGGGCGGGAGUGAUGCGCAGAGGGACGUCUUCAUCAGCUGGUCAUUCAUGCGGCAUAAAAUCGGAGACAGCACAUCAGAAAAUGGGAGAUGUCUCGUACUUGAGCGCGAUGCCAUGAGGCCGAACUCCCCUCUGACGGGUCGUCUGAUGCAGAGAGCUUUGGCUCUUCACGACUAGACAAGCUGCUCCGGGGAGUUCUCGUGCUAAUGACGUCGUCGCCCCAAUCCCGAUGGGCCAGAGCUUCCUUUUACUUUGCAUCCAAAACUUUCCACUGCAACCCUUUUUAAAUGUAGACAUUAGUGCUCUUUUAGUUGCAGACCUUCUGAGCUUUUGUACGUGGAGAAAUGAUACCACCUGGCAUUUAAAUAUACAUUCUUUGGAGUAAAGUCGAUCCUAAAGUCAAUGUCUAAUAACGAUACACAUUGAAUUUAGCUUGUGAUGACACUGAAUAACACAAUGAGGUGCACUACACUUCAGACACGUUCACAUCCAAAAUGUAUUCAAUGUCGCAGUGAUACAGUGGCAAUAAAAAAAAAAGAUGCCCUUGCACAAG